AUGUACCUGGUCUCGGGGAUGGUAGUCCAAAAAUUUGCUGGCCCCGGUGCUGCUUUGAGCUUCAUCAUUGCAGCUGUAGCCAGCAUUUUUUCUGGUGUCUGCUAUGCUGAAUUCGGUGUACGAGUACCAAAUACCACCGGAUCAGCCUACACUUAUUCCUAUGUGACAGUUGGAGAGUUCAUUGCAUUUAUCAUUGGCUGGAACAUGCUACUUGAGUACUUGAUUGGAACUAGCGCUUGCGCGCGCGCAUUGAGUGCUUGCUUCGACUCACUAUGUGACGGUGCACUUUCAAAUUAUUUAGCUGAGCACAUCGGUACUGUUUUUGGAAAACCUCCGGAUUUCUUGGCGUUCACCAUAACAGCUCUGAUGACCCUGGUGCUAGUGGCAGGAGUCAAGAAGUCACUUAUAUUCAACAAUGUUCUGAACAUCAUAAAUUUGAGCGUUUGGGUCUUUAUCAUAACGGCGGGGCUUUUUUACGCAAAAUGGGAUAAUUGGUCGUCUCAUCAUGGAUUUUUACCCUACGGAUGGAGUGGUGUAUUCAGCGGCGCAGCGACAUGUUUCUAUGCUUUCAUUGGAUUCGACAUCAUAGCUACAACUGGUGAAGAAGCGAUGAAUCCAAAACGGUCGAUCCCUCUUGCAAUCGUCUACAGCCUGGGAAUCGUUCUUAUGGCAUAUGUGACCUGCUCCCUAAUGCUCACCUUGAUAGUACCCUACGACCAAGUGGUGACGGAUUCAGCCCUACUUGAGAUGUUCACUUACGUGAAUGCACCGACAUGCAAAUAUAUCGUCGCUUUGGGAGCUCUCGCUGGUCUCACCGUCUCAAUGUUUGGUUCAAUGUUUCCAUUACCAAGAGUUGUGUACGCAAUGGCUCAAGACGGGCUGAUUUUCAAACAACUGGCGAUGAUAUCCGAAGCUUCUGGCACGCCAGCUUUUGCAACCAUCUGCGGGGGAAGUGCAGCGUCCAUCGUUGCUCUUAUUAUUCACCUUGAAGUUCUUGUUGAAAUGAUGAGUAUUGGAACUCUAUUGGCUUACACCUUGGUGUCAACGUGUGUUCUUGUUUUGCGAUACCAACCGCAUUCCACGAAUUUGAUUGAACUUCUACCACAAAGCCUUCGUACGCCGGUCGAUCCAGAGGGCACGGCGUCUGGUCAGCAGGAAACAACAUUUACGGGAGCUCAGACCCACAUCCUGCCGUCCAAUCAGCGCGUCAUGGUCCGUCGAGUAACGAGAAGCUCCCCGGAUUCUGAUGACACCUUGCCCGGCGACGAGAGUGAGGAAUACGGGCGCGACGAUGCGUUCCUAGUUAACUCUAAUUCGGAGAACAAAUUCUACGGAGCAGUGCCCACUGGUUGUUCUGGUUCUUCUCGAUUCCAGCGUGUGUGGGAUGGUAUCUAUCAGCGGCUAUUCGCCAUGUCCUACCUGUGCCCCGGACUACUACCCUGGAUUGACUGCGGACCAGCUACAGAGCAAAGCGGAAUGUUCGUGAUUAAAGCUGUCGGUAUGAUGUAUUUCCUCGUGGCUAUUUUUGACAUACUCGCCGCCUACGGGAAUCCCGGAACGUCGACAUUCACGGCUGUAUUAAUGGUUCUUCUCGCUAUAAGCAUUAUUACAUUACUACUUAUGAUUUCACGGAAGCCGCAGAACCGACAAGGUCUUAUGUACAUGACUCCUGGUGUGCCCUUUGUACCAGCGAUCGCUGUAAUUGUUAACAUCUACCUUAUCCUGAACUUAUCAAUACUGACUCUCGUACGUUUUACCAUUUGGAUGACUCUAGGCUUAAUCAUGUAUUUCAAAUACGGCAUCAAGAAUUCAAUGCUGGAGACGAACCCACCACAGCCGAGAGAGCCCACACCGCCACCGCCGAACCCACUGGACCGUACCAUGCUGAUUCCUGGACCUUCACAAUCUUAUCCCGUUGGCGACCGUAAUAUCUUCCAAGGAGACGGUUCUGGACCAUUCGGUAACAACGAUCAAUUCCCCGACCCUCUUCUCGCGUGGCACGUCACUGAGUUGGAACCUCCCCAGUCAUCUAGUCGCACUACUGGACAUGUUUCUUUCAAACAAGUGGAGACACGUUACGACGCACAGACCAACAGCACUUCGUCGCACACAUCGAGCAGACCGCCAUGGGCCUACCCUGAAGUUACCUACGAUUCUUGGAAUGACUAA